GCUGAGUUCCUCCUCCCCAGUCGACUACGAGCAGCUCAACGGCAAAAACAGCGAAGAAAUUUUUGUAACUCAGUUUUCGGACUCGCUUCCAGCAUAGGGCAUCGUCGGAUUCUUAUCCACCCUCGCCGUUAUCUUCGCGUCAUCUCCCUUUCUAGCUCUAUAACAGAGCUUACAAUCGGCGUUUUGGGACUCUUCAAUAGGGGAGGAAGAUAGAGCUACGUGGCUGGCCGAAAGUUGGAGUAGAUUGGGUGUCUUUUGCAUUAGGUGCUUGUUGAAACUCCUAACAAGAACGAAGUAAGGUCUUAAGCUAAAUAUGGGAAAGAAAGGAGGAGCAAAAAAAUUACCAAAUUCAACGACUGGGCCUCAGAAUCCUAUAUCAUUAAGGGAAGAAGCCACUGGGAAGUUGCAUAAGAACACAGGCUCAAACGUCAGGUCAAUGUUGAAGCUUGAACACUUGAAAAGCCUAGCAGUAUGGGCCAGUAGUGAGGUUUCAAUACCAUCUUUGGGAGCCUUCUAUGGGCAAUCCUUUGCUAGUGCUGAGGAGGCCAUGGGAGUACCACAUGAUCCUUCUUUAAUAACUUGUGAGAGGUGUGAAAUUGUUCUUCAUCCAGGCUUUAACUGUACUAUACGAAUUGAGACGAGAAGAACAAAGGGCAAGCGUCGGCGAAAGAAGUUUGCCAAUGUCACUCAAAAUAAUGUGGUGUACAAGUGCCAUUACUGUUUGCAUCAGAAUCUGAAGAAAGGGACCUUUAAGGGACAUAUGAAGGGGAUAUGCCCAUCAAAAGAAAAAUCAUCAAGGGAAUCUAAACAUCAACAAAUCCCAUCACAUGAAUCUGGCAAACCAGAAAAGAGAAUUAUGAACAAAGAUGAAGCCAAUGAAACAAAUAUGUUUGUUUCCCAAGCAACAGCAGCCACAGACGUUCCCACAAUACAUAGUCCAGCUUUGGAAGGAAGUAAAAGAAAGAGAAAUAGGUUGGGGUCUAAUAAAGCAUCUGAACCUCCGAGCAUGUCUGCAAAAAAAGAUGCAGAAAAAACAAUUAGCACAUCAAGCAAAAGAAGAAGGAAAUCUUGGACUAGUUUGAACCAAAUUGCUCAGAGCAGCGAGCAUCAUAGCCGCAUUGCUAAUUUAUCUGUUCCAUUCAUCUUUUAAAAUAGGAAAAUGCUUCUUAUAUCGUAAGAGGUAGCAAUUCAAAUCUUUUUUAUCUUGUUGAAUUUUAUUUUUUUUCCUUGAUAUUUCUAUUAAUUAUGCCGAAUAGUCUCAUUCCUUGUGACAUUCCUCUUGAUGUGAAAUAGAGUUUUUGAUGGUCAGAUGAAUGUGUUGACACAUACACACACAUAUCGGCCUGCGGUGAGGAAUUUGUUUGACAAAUUUUUGUACAGACUUUAUCAUUAAGUCCAUUCAUUAUGUUUAAAUUUGGA